CUGCACCACUCACCAAACUCAAACCCUUUCUCUCUAUAUAAUCUAUAUGAAUCACUCAUUUACCCACCACAACGACAGCGAUAGCAGCAAAGGGCGGUGCCAAAAACACAUAAAAAGAAUCUACAUUUUCUUCAAUCCACUCACAUAACACUGCUUACCCUUUUGUACUCUGGCAAGGAUCUUCAGAAUGGUUGUAGCUGCAGGUUCUAAGCUGAGAAGAGGGAACUGUUCUUCUCAUAGUGUUGUUAUCAAUGAUUAUAAUAACAGUGAUGGUGAAAUUUCUAGAGUUAAGAAGAGUGGGAGUUUUUCAGCACUGGGAGAGGUGAAUAGAGACCAUUCAUGUGUUUCAUUUACCACUUUCAACAUCCUAGCUCCUAUUUACAAACGGAUUGAUCCACAGAACCAGGGCCUCCGAGAGAGUGACACGAGAUCAUUCUGGUUGGCCAGGAACCAGAGGAUUCUAGAUGGCUUGCUUGCUGAAUCAUCUUCCAUUAUGUGCCUUCAGGAAUUUUGGGUCGGAAAUGAAGAACUUGUUCACAUGUAUGAGGAGAGACUUGGAAAUGCUGGCUACCAUCUCUUCAAGCUCGCCCGAACCAACAACCGUGGAGAUGGUCUUCUGACUGCUAUACACAAAGAAUAUUUGAGUGUUGUAAACUAUCGGGAGUUGCUUUUUAAUGAUUUCGGUGAUCGUGUCGCACAGUUGUUACAUGUUCAAUCGGCUGCUCCGUUAUUACCAAACCAAAAGGGCAGUCUUCACCAAGAGUUUCUGAUUGUGAACACCCACUUGUUAUUUCCUCAUGAUUCGAGCCUGUCUAUAGUUAGAUUGCAGCAGGUUUACCAAAUAUUACAGCAUGUGGAAGCAUAUCAGAAAGAAAACAGGCUCAAAUCCAUGCCUAUUAUACUCUGUGGUGACUGGAAUGGAAGCAAGCGUGGGCAUGUUUACAAGUUCCUUAGGUCUCAGGGGUUUGUAUCAUCCUAUGACAUUGCUAAUAAAUACACUGACAGUUAUGCAGAUGCUCACAAGUGGGUUAGUCACCGAAAUCAUAGAGGAAAUAUAUGUGGUGUUGACUUCAUUUGGCUUUUCAAUCCUAACCAAGCAAGAAAGCCCUUGAAGACAAGUUGGGCUGAAGCUGUUUUUAGUAUAAUAAAGUUCCAGUUACGAAAAGCUUCAUUGUCCGAAGAUGAUGCAUUUGCAUUUCUGAAGGGUGACAACUGUGCUGAUGCUAUAACAUAUUUUAGCUUUUCUGAAGCACUCCGUCAGGUAAAUUUAAUUGGUGUGCCUUAUGGACUAUGCUUUCAACAGUUGCAAGAUCUAUGGAAUCAAGCGGAUGAUGAUGGAAAUGGUCUCAUUGACUAUGAAGAAUUCAAGGAGAAGAUCUGGAAUUCUUCAUGUCCAGAGCUUGCAUUUGAAAAUUUCUUGGGUUGUAUGGAAGAGGCUAAAACAGAGGAGGAUCAAGAAGCCAUUGGUUUUAAGGUGAAAAAUGCAAUGUUGUUCCCACGUGAAGUGGAGAAAGGACUGUGGCCAGAAGACUACUCUCUUUCUGAUCAUGCUAGGUUAACUGUUGUCUUCUCACCAGUAAGAUGCCAUGUUCAAGGCCACAAAUUGUAGCAAGCUACUUCAUGGUAGUAUAAGGUAUAGCUCAUAGAAAAUAUUCACAUUUAGGAUAAAUUUGAUAUGGGGGUAAAAAUGGGAAUGGGAAAUUUGUGGAUGGACUUUUAAUACAAAUUUCUAAAAUUUGAUAAAUUUCCACUUUCAUUUUUAACCCCAUAUUAAACAUGCCACUAGUCCUUGUAUAUUCUGGUGUGGACCAAAAAAAAGUGGUGUAUCUGUAAUCAGUUAUAAGCCCUGGCCAUGUGUUUUUUUCUGGCCCUGAGAAAACAGUGUGAAGAUAUUUUUGCAAUGUGAGAAAUAGAUGUAUCUUUUUUUUUGUCAA